AGCUCCUUUGCUCGACAGAUGUUCAAAAUACAGAAAACUAACGUGGAAAGAAAGCUUGGAUCAUCAUCAUUCUCAGAACUUGCCUGCUGUGUGGUCUCUCGUUAGGUUACACACGACUGGCUUCUUAUGCUCUUCAGACGCGGGCACAGCUGCUGGAACUGCGGGACAGAAGAACAAAAGAACCACAAGCUGCUGCGUCUACUACCGUAAAGUAAGAUAAUAAACCAUCAGAUGGGUAGUUCUUCGCCGCCAGAGGGAACAACAAGUAGAAACACGGAGAAAAAAGUAGACACGCGAAGAACUACAAGUAGAGCACGACAGCACGACACCACGAGACGGCAUAUAGAGCCACGUAGCAGCAGCAGUUCUUCACCUUCGAUCGAGAGUAGUGUUUUGAGCACUUCUUCUAGCAGCCUGAGUUCUUCUAGCAGGAGUAGGAAAAAUCUUCGCGGCGCUGCAGGAGGACAGCAGCAUCGAGCAUCCCCUACUUCGCGGAUUGAGAAAACUGAAGGAACAUCAGAAGUCGUACCCAAAAUAUCAAAUCGAGCUGGUGGAACAACUGGGCCAUCAUCAACUCGUGCAGGAAAUACUAAAAACAUCCUGUCGCACCGCAGCCGCAGCCGCACUCGGAGUAGUCGGACCGUGGAGACAACUGCUAGAGCCGCUGCAGUUCCUCGGGUCGGCGGGGAGGACAAGAAGAGAAAUACGUCGCCUGGUGCUUCGAAGGACGACGACGAAGACGAACGAGAAGAGGACGGUGACGCAAUCAUGUCGAGCUCCAGCAGCUCCGGAGCGGCGCCGACGGCGGGAAAAAAAACCACAAAUGAUGUUCCCAACACGGCCGGGCGUCGCACGCUGCAGGAAUUGAAACAAGCGUCGCCGUAUCAAUUGCAAAAGUAGCGUACUUGUAUAGAUGCAUUACAAAUUUCCAGAGCAUGAGAAAUGAAAUUUGUAAUGCGGAUGUAGCUUCAGAACAAGAUUUGUGACGCAUGCUUGCAAUUACUACGAGUGCGAUGCUUUUGCACAGGAUACACUGCCGUUUUUUCACCCGGAGGCGGUAACCAGCUGGCGGAAAAUUUCCAAGUCUUCCUCGUCGAAGAGCGGAGAGAAUUCGAUCGACUCCAUCUACUCGAUAUCAACUGGUGAAAUAUGUAUGGGUCUGGAAGGUUGCAAGACUUGUCAUGCAGGUUUUCCAUGAGGACGCAUUAGGUCUGUCAUACGUGCAGCUCUGGCAUGACAGAUUCUGCGCGAGGACCUGUAUCACGCCUUCUCUGCAUGACAAACUGCCUCUCAAGAACUUGGUCAAAUAAAGUAGGGAGCUUUUGGUAUAAUCACGCAACACAGAUUUUUGCACUAUCCAGAAUCAGCAUGACAAGUUCCAGCGCUCCAGACACCCAGGGAGAUUUGCAAGGAAUACUCGAUCGGCGGGUCUCUGCUCCCAGACAGCGACGACAGCGACAAGUACUGCAAGAGCGCACUGCUAUCCUGAGCAAAAGUAUCGUACUCGUAGUAAUCGCAGACAUGCAUUACAAAUCUUGCUCUCAAGGUAAAUCCGCAUUACAAAUUUCAUUUCUCAUGCUGAGGAAAUUUGUAAUGCAUUCAUACGAAUACGAUACUUUUGCAAUGCAUAACUGCGACGGUCCGACAAAACGGAGGUGGUGUUGAAGGGCAGGCACAAACUGCGGGGCUUCAAGGAUGAGGAAGAGCUCGAGGAUUGGAAAGUGUCUAUGGCUUUGAUGCACUACGUAACAAACAACAACGGAAGCAGUGGUAGCAGUAGCAGCACGUCUACUUCAGCUGGUGGAGCCAAAACCUCUGGGGAUAAGAGGAUAGCGCAAAACAACCCGCUGCCAAACAUCGCACAAAUGUAUCCUCGAAUUUUUGCUUUGUGUGAUGUAAGACUGAGGAGUUAAAGUGAAUUUUCAUGUGCAAUAAAUGCAAAAAUAAAACUACAAAGAAUGUUCAAACAAAAAUCAGCUCCGAGCUUUUGGAAGUAUGGAGAGAAAAAAGUUUGUCACAGUCACUCACUUGCAGGUUUUGCAUUACAAAUUUUCUCAGCAUCACAAACUUUCCUUGUAUUGCAGAAACACUAGGGAGAUCCCUGAUGAAGUUUGGCUGUGAUGCAUUUUUACGCAUGACAGGCAAUUUUGUAUUGCAAGAAUGCGCAUGAGUGAUCGUGACGAACUUUUUUUCUUUGAUAGGAAGACGAAAAGUGGUACUAUGCGGUGAUGGAAAAAGUCCACGGGCGCGACAUGUUUGACUUCUUCAUAGAAGAUAUCAGAUGCAAAUAUGUUUGGGCGGUCUGAAACAAGAAUGCAAGUUUGUGAUGCUUGGUCGACAAUACAGAAAAGUCUGUCAUGUUUGUUGCGCUACAGAAGUGCCGCUGGUUUGUCAUGCAAAAAUGCCAUUUGUCAUGCGGUUACGCUAGAUGUAGCCGCUCAGAAACUUGUCGUGCGCGGUUCUGCAAUACAGUUUUAUGAUUCGGAUAUUAGCAUGACAACUUUCCAGACUCAGACAUAUUUGCAACGCAUAGAAGAGAAGCUGGCCAAAACGGACGACCUGAACUUAAUCCACAAGAUCGCACUGAACUUCAUCCGGCAAGUCUGCAAUGCGCUGCACGCACUACACUCCAAGGGCAUCGUGCACCGGGACCUGAUAUCAAGAUGAAAAAUCCCCCCUCCUCAUUUAUUACUAAAACGGAGAUUUGUGUAGCAUGAUUUGCUACCACAUAUCAUGUUGUCAUGCUGGAAGGCAAAAGGUGCGGACUGUAGUGCUGGCUGGCGUGGGAAAGCCUUGCGCCUUCAGCAUGACAGGAGGCAACUGGAACUGGGAAACAGCAUGAAAAAUUGCCUGCAAUUCAGGCCAAUAGUGCGGCUCUGGGCCUUCUAGCAAAAUACAAGUCGACGUGUGUACGCAAAUCCAGCAUCACAAAUGUCCUUUUCAAUAUGGGGAGGGGGGAUUUUUCCCCUGAAUAUCUGAAGUUCGAGAACAUCGUGGUGGUAGAGAACGGCGGAAGUUGUCUAUGGGAAGAAAAAACUGUUUCGCCGUGAAGGACUUGUGAUGCAUAGAUCGGUACACAGAACUAUUUGUCUUGCUACACCUGCAAUGCCAGGACUCUUCAAAGGUGUUUUCCCUUUGGAAGCGCGCGUGGCAAAUUUUCUGUGUCAUGUGUAAGUAUAGAAACUUGUGAUGCAGAUCUUGCAAAUAAAAAUCAUCACAGUGAAGCAUUUUUUCCUGCGAUAUUGUCACAACGGCUCAUCGUCUCCAAAAAGGGCCUCGCCGGUCUUUGACCCAGCAAGAAUGGAGGUAUGAUUCAUGGUCAUGCGCAGGUCUGACAGCAUCGCUGACUGUGUUUUUUUUUGUCAUGCGCAAAUAGCACCAUUGGCAUUGGAUCAUCGAAUCUGUGAUGCAGUAGACCCGGCUUCUUUUGACAGUCAAAUUUUACCUAUGAGAAAGCUCUCCACCUCUCAGGUAAAGCUAAUCGACUUCGACACGGCGGAGAUUUUUGACGCGAUAUGACCUGCGAAUAUGUCUGGGUCCCAUGGAAGAGUUGUGCACUGUUUGUCAUGCACGGCUAGGAUGCCUCCCAAGCCUGUCAUGCACGUUACCCGAAAGUAGCCACAUUUCUCUGUCAUGUACGAACGCAGUGGGUGAAGAUGCUGAUAGAAGACAACACUGACUAUUGUAAUCAAAAAAUUUCGCAUGCUUGGCUGUCAACGUAGGCAUAGGCGUUCGCAUGAUUCGCCGAAAUACACCAGCCUCCACAAGUUUCCACACAAUCCAGGGAUAUUUGCAGUGGAUACGCGAACCGCAUAUACUACCAUGUUCUCGGGUAUGGAAGUGUCAGGAUCGAAAUCGGCAAAAUCAAAAAAUUUGUGAUGCAUAAAAUGUAGGGCACUGGAGGCCUGCAUUGGGGAGCAGGCAAAUGAGACCGAUUGCAAGCCUGUUUAGGGGUAUGCAAUGUGCUGCCAGAGUAGCACGACAGGAGCAGUCUUCUUUGCCCAAACAACAUGGCAGACUGGAUUUGAGUGCUCCCGAAAUUUGUCAUGCGCCACUUACAAAUUGAGGCUCCAACUGGUAUCAAUUUUUUGCAUCACAAAUUUUUCGAUUUUGUCAAUUUCGAUUCUGACACUUCCAUAUCAGGACGGAUCAGUACAUCGCACCUGAAGUGUACGCCGGAAUGGUGACGCCCGCUUGCGUAGGCUUUGCGAAAAUCAUAUCGUACGAGUAAGUAGUAUUACUGCAUUACAAAUUUGGAUUAUUUCUUGCCCAGCAUGAGCAAUGCAAAUGCAAUUUGUAAUGCGGUGGAUUCAGCUCAAAAAAGAGAAUGCAAUGCACAAAUGCAAUUGCUUUUCCUACGAGUGCGAUAUUACUUUUGCAGAGGACAUUGUGACAUGUGGGCCGUGGGAGUGAUGCUGUACACGCUUUUCACCGGAACUUUGCCCUAUGCAUUGCAAAUAUGUAGUCUGGGUCUGGAAACUUGUGUUGCUGAUUCUCGCAUUGCAGAGCGGUCGCUUGUACAGUAUCACAGCAUCAGAAGUUAUUUUGCCAGGCUUCUUGCAGCAGGUCUCAAUUCCUAAAACGCAUGACAAACUAUACCAUAUCCAGCACGACAAAAAAUUAGAAUUACCCAACCGCAUUUUAUGCAUCACAAAUCCUUGUUGUCCUUCACAUCCCGCAUGACAGAUCGAUAUUUGCAAUCCAUAUGCCCUUUCACAACGCGAUAUUUGACGACGAGCCGGGGGAGAAUUGGGUCGGAAAUCCGGCCAUGGAAAAGAUCCGCAGGAGGCUGAAACUGGUCAAGAUUGACUGGUCGCACCCUGUAUCAAAUGCAAAAAUGUCUGGGUCUGGAAGGUUGGAACUUGUGAUGCUAACUCUGGACUGUAAAAACAUCUGUAUUGCAUGACCAGCAAGAGGAGUCCAGUUUGUGCUACGCCGGGAAGGAAUUUGUCAUGCGGAGUAGGCAUCAGGAAGGAAGAUCUGUGAUGCUAGGUAGUGCAUUACAGGAUCCUGGGUCAUGCAAAAUAUGCAUGACAAACCCGGCAACAUUCCGGACCCAGACACUUUUGCAUUUGAUACCCUGUGUGGAGCGAAAAAAGACCGUCGAGUCAAUCCAUCUAUCCUGUGCAAAAGUAAUAUUUUGCAUAUAGUCGUAGUCACUGCGGAAACCAGAUUUGUCAUGCAACUUAUUGCACCGAACAAACUACUUCUACGACUGCGAUAAUGUUUUUGCACUGCAUACCAUCGUGCAGCCAGAGUCUUUGGUCAAGGAUUUUUGCCGCCGGUGCUUCGCGUUUGAACCGAGCCAGCGCUUGACUGUAGUGGAGGCUCUGGCGCACCCGUGGCUAAGCGGAAAAUAGAGCGCCGGUUUGUGAAAAGUGCCGGACAGGAUCGAUUGUAGUCGUGCCGCCGGACGAGAGACGUGUAACUACAUGCGUGAUUUUUAGUAGUAAGUACUAGAACGGAAGUAGCUGUCAAGAAGUUACAGCCAGCACGCGAGGAAAAAACGAAAUGUCAAUUGAUGAUAUAGCCUUAGACCACCAUCCAGUCUCGACUUGUUGUAGCUGUUAUUCAGUCGGUUACUUACUUUAUUCUUUCAACAGCAAAAGCAAAAGCAAAACCAUGAAAAUCUAAUGAGGUGAAAUACAACAGCAUCAGCAAAUACACAUAAGACAGGCAAAGCGCAAAAGUUUUAUCCCGCUACGGCCACCAUGACGUGAAAGAAAAAAGCGUGAGAAGUAUACAUGAUCGUCAACAUCGCGUGAAGGUCAGACAGGGAGCGCAAAAGCACCUUCUAAAUUUGUAAAUAUUGGCCAGCUGCUUCUCUAUUCAGAGCUGAGAUAAAAGUUCAACACGUUCACCAAGUAGAAUGCUGCUGCGAGAAAAUAAAGAAAUUUUCUUCUGUAGAACCAGUGCUAGAAUAAAUUAUUAGGGAGUUGUAAAUCACAUGACGUAUAAUUCGGGCUUGUAGUUUCAUUUCUAGUGAGGGGCAAGUGAAGUAUAAAAGUUUAUCGAAAACAAGCAUUUAGUUGGAAAAUCUGAUUUUCCAACUAAAUGCUUGUUUGGCUUGGAUCGGUGGAUCGGUGGGCUGCAGCUGCCUGCAAAAGAAGUCUAUGCUGGUGCAGUGUCAAUCCAGAUGAGUCAGUUUCAAAAAUAAAUCGAGUAAGUAAUUUUCAUCUCCGGUGGCGCAUUGUACAACUUAUCACGAGUGCAUAGAAUUUGAAUUAGAGAAGCUCCAGUCUCGUCCUGACCCCAGGUUUCAAUCAAUGCACAGAGCAGUAGGUGGCUAGCCAAGGUGGAGCCGAGUAAAAGACACAAGGCACCAUUGAAAAAGACCACAAUUGCGAAAUACGCCGAAGGGGGGAUAGCCGUAAAUUAUCAUCCCUUGUAGAGAACAAGGCUGAAGACAGGAGGCAAAAAAAUAAUCUGAAGUACAGCCCGAUGCGCUGAUUCAGUGUCGGUGCCUCUUGUGGUAGUCGAAUUUAUUUAUCAAGUUACACCAUCAAUAGAUGAUCGGUCAUUCGAUCUUUCACCAAAUUUUACUAAAAGUGACGACCUAAUAAAAAGCCAUAAUAGGCCGCGCCCGCUGCGUUUCAGCAUGCUCUCCCAGUUCUGUUUUUUUGAAAGUUGCUACAUUUUGAAUUCAGUUUGAAUUCAGUUCGAUAUCGACUUCGAUAAGGAGUUUUCGCAUGAGAUUUCGAAUAGGAGGUGAAGAGGAGAUAAGAUAGAAUCGAUCGCAGUUUCUUAUCGCGGUUACCUGCGUUAGAAUUGUGUUCGAUUGGCU